UUUCGGAUUGUGUGCUAUGUAUUUUUAGGUCAGAGUGCACACAUGACACAAUUUGGCAAUUAAGCUGUCAAAUGUUGACGUACCCCCGUAUUGUAUUACUUCCUAUGUUGCUUUGACAUUUUUUUCCAGCUGCCUCUCUCUCUCGCUUCGCGUUUAUAAAUAUACAUAUAAAACCGGGUUCUAAUCGACACAGCUGGUAGUUGGUGACGGGCUAAACAACCUGUCAACUUAGCCCACGCAGGUUUAUGAAAAUUCACAAAACAUUUCAGGCCUUCUGCCUGGAAUCUUGACAAUGGUUUAAGAGUACAAUUUAUGCUUAAAUAAGGCAAAAGUUGUGGAGUUGCCUGGUGGAGGCCUGUUGGGGUGUCUAGAUGUAGUUGCUAACCACAGUGGGGCAAGGUAAUGCAAGGUAAUACUCUAACUCUCAACCGCUCAUCCAAAUAACCGUAGCAAGUAAAGGAGGCACGAGAGCAGUGUCAACACGGCUGUCUGUCAACAAGGAUGGAAACAAACGACACCGCAAUGAAAGAAGUUUAAUGGACUGGCAGCGGGGGCAGAACGAUGAUGAUGAUUUGCCUGCAGAAACUUUUAGCGACUUAAUUACAAGAGCAACUGGAGUUCAUGCACAAAAGUAUUUGGCUUUGACAACGACGCCAGCAUCCCAAUCUUCUAGUAUGCAACGGCCCAGGGAGCCAACUGUCAUCGCUUUGGGUGCCCAGCAAAGCAAUUACGAUAAAACUUUGCACAAAAUCGAUCAAACAUUGAAACUUGAGCAGAGCGAAGGAGAUGCCAUCAUAGACGACGACAUCGACGACUAUGAGUACGAAGAUGAAAGCGAAGACGAGCCAAAGAAGGAGACAACAGAGCGGCCAGUGCCUAAGACUAGGCAACAAUUUAGCAAAUCAUUAAACGGCGAUUUGCGUAAAGCAGGUAAAAUGCUUGCCAAACCCCAACGGAAGUUGACGCUUGCCGAGACUGGCGAUACCAUCGAUGGCAACGCUGUCGAGUCAGAUACAGAGGCAAGCAGUGUUGCUUCUGUUAUUGAUGACUAUAAUCAAACUGACAGCACCAUCAGCGUGAGCGUGGAGGGUUCCGCGCUGACAACGACGUCAGAAAGUGACAACGAUGACGUUGUUGAAAUCGACACCACCGAAAAGAAUGGGAGGAUGUCCUCAACCGUCUCCAUUAUUGAAAAUGAUUUUCAAAUCAACCAGAAUACAGAAGCACAAGCUCCAGCUGCAGCUGUAGCUGAAGUUGAAGUUGAAGAUGAAGCUGAUGCUGAAGCGAAGCAGAAACCUGCCGCUAAUGAUAACAAUAAUGAGCGUGAUUUACUUGAUAACAACGAGGAGCACAACAAUGAGGGGCGGCUACCCCCGCAGAGAAUAAUUCAAACGGUGUCCGACCUAAUGCUGAGCGAUGCAGCACUUUUGGAUAAUGGCGACAUCGAUAUAGUCAAAUUAGACGAAACGCCCACCUCCAAUGAAGCUAACCUUUACAAAACGGCCGUUGAGCAAGCCAAGUCAAGCCCGCACCAGCCUCCGCCAGCGAGUGAGAACGAGGUUUUCAAGGAUCAGGAUGGUGUAUUGCCGGCACGCUUGACACCACUGAAACCUUAUGUUAGCGAGCGCAUUGAUCGGCCCAGUAAGCGCAUUCUGGUAAAUCUGACCAUUGCCACGGAGGGCGACAGCGCCUCCGUCUAUACGCUCCAUGUUGAGGUGCCGACCGGCGACGGACCCCAUAACGUGGAGCAGGUGCUGACCCACGAAAAAAUGGCUGGAGAUGACAACAGCAAUGUGGAUAAUGGUGGCUCGUGUGUGUUUGAGCCACCGCCCCGAAUGCCCGAUUGCCCCUGCAGCUGCUUGCCCCCGGAGCCACUAAUUUUCGCGGACAACGACAACAGCCCGGUUGACAUUGACUCUGCCGUCCCGACGACAGCGGCACCGCAUGCAGAGGAAGCUACUCUCUUAAGCCAUCAGCUUGAUUCGAGUGAUAACGAGCAGGUGGAAAGCCUGACUGACAGCACCGUUACUAACCUUCCUACCACUGACACUAAUAACAACAUUGCCGCUUCUGAUACUAGUUCUGAUGUGCUUGGUGGUGAAAAGAUUGCAUGCCCCGAUGUUAUGCCCAUACUCAUACUGGAAGGUGAUUGUACUAUCUGCUAUCGAUGCUAACCUCACUUUAAGUGCUUAACACUAACCCGACCAUCAAAUAACAGUAUAUAGUAGACGCAAUACAGUUUAUAACUGCUUAAGCUAUUCUAAUAAUACAAACCAUAAUCACAUUACAAUCCCCAAUUAUUCCCGCAUCUGUACAAAAAACCUUCGAGCAUGAACAGUGGCACCAACAUCUGGCUGGCUGCAUAACGACCAUCCUCAUCUACUAACGAGAAAGCCGACACAUAAGCAACCCUAGAUGUGUGAUAUAUAAAAACUAAUCCGAAUCACCUAAUGAUCUAGAUGGUUAUGAUCGCAUCAUCAUAUCAUAAGAGCCCUCUGUCUAUAUACGUAUCUAAGUACUUUACCGAACAUAUUCUCAUUCCAUUUAUAUAUAAAUUACUUAUUACUUAUUAACUUAUUAACCCAAAUGUGAAUUGUUUGUGCUUUGUUUUUCAUCAUCCAAUCACUCCACGCAAAUGUCGCACUCUUGUCGCAUCACCUGUUUC